AGUGCUUAGGAAAUUAUACCAUUUGUUCCUAAUAUAAAUCUUAUGAAGGAGAUGUAAACAGAUGAGCAAAAUGAGGCUCAAAUAUGUCAAAAGCUUUUCCAAAGAUCACGAUUUCUAAGCAGUAGUGACAUAUGAAAAAGGAAAUGCUACAAAAUGAUCCAGUAAGAACCUCCCUCCACAUUUACCAAGUAAACUAUUCGCUCUUUAGGAAAGCCCUUUUUAAAUCCUGUCUCCUCUCCUCUCCACUUAACCUCAGUUUUCUCAGUUGAAAUGUGAAAAUAAUUGCUCUCCAUCCCAUGGAUUGUUGGAAAUGUUCUAUACACUGUUUAAGAGGGUAGCCACUAGCCACAUGUGGCUACUUAAAUUUACAUUUAAUAAAAUGUAAAAUUCAGUUCCUCAGCCACACUGUCCACAUUUCAAGUGACUAGUGUCUUCCACGUUGGACAGAGCAAAUAUAGACCAUUUCCACCGUUGCAGAAAGUUCUGUUGGACAGUGCUGUGUUAGAGCUAGGACUUGCCGAAGAUUAGAGAGAGUGCUAUGACUGAACUGAGAAUUCAGACCACUGUCUGCUUGGUUUUGAGUGAGAAGGUUCAGUGGGUGAGUGGGAAACAAGCUGAGCUUCAGAACAGUGAUAUCACAAAGCACAGCUCACAAUGGCUUCAGAACUGGACUCCCAGACAACUCUUCCUAACUCGUAUCUAGGUUCCUAAAGCCUCUGCACAUGCAGUUCCUGGAGCUGCUGUUAUAUUAAAAUGUCACCUUUGUCUUCUAUCUGGGACAUCAUCUCUCUGAGCUCGAUAUGGAAUUAUCUACAAGCAACUUUUCUGGGAGAGACUAGUGUGCCUCAGCAAACAAGUUUGGGGCUACUAGAUAAUCUUGUUCCGGCUGUGCAAGUGAUCCUGGGGAUUUCCGUUUUGAUUUUGUUGGGAAUAGGAGUAUAUGCCUUAUGGAAACGAAGUGUUCAGUCAAUUCAGAAAAUAUUGUUGUUUGCAAUCACACUCUACAAACUUUACAAGAAAGGCUCAGAUUUUUUUCAGGCUUUGCUGGUCAACCCAGAAGGGAAUGGUCUCCCAUUUCAAGACAAUAAUAUCUUCCUAUCUUUGGGUCUGCAAGAGAAAAUUCUAGAAAAGCUUCAGACAGUGGAAAACAAAAUGAAGGACCUGGAAGGGAUGAUCAUUUCCCAAAAACCUGCCACACGGAGGGAUUGCUCCUCUGAGCGCAACUGCAGCUGCUCUGACUGCCAGAGUCCCUUGCUUACAUCAGGGUUUACAUCCACAUCUGAAAUGUGAUGGACUCCAAUCUUUUCUAGAAAAGCACUGUUUCCCUCAUGUGUGCAGUGGUGUAUCAAUAAAGACAGAGAACUAUAUUGAAA